AUGGAUGAGCCAUUUUGUGAAGCCUGGGAAAGAUUCAAAUCAUUGCUCAGAAAAUGUCCUAACCAUGGGUUUGAAGAUAUAGCUCAACUCAAUUUCUUUGUUAAUGGAAUCAAACCUGAGGUGAAGAUGUUAUUAGACGCAGCAGCUGGUGGUACUAUGAUGUCUGUAGGCCCAGAGGAAGCUACUCAGAUCAUAGAGUCCUUGGCUUCUUCUGAUCAUCAAGCUGAGCAUGGUAGACAUCAGUCUCACAAAAGAGGAAUUAUGGAUCUGAGCACAAAUGAUGCAAUCUUGGCUCAAAACAAGUUGCUAUCUCAACAAAUUGAAGCCCUGACUAAGCAAAUGGCCAAGAUACCACAACAACUUCAUGCUAUUAAUUCCCCUCCAAUUCAGCCAAACCCUCCUCUUAGAUGUGAUUUUUGUGGGGGAGAGCACCCAAAUGGUUAUUGUGCAACAAAUUCUAAUGAAGAAGAAGUCAAUUAUUUGGGUAACCAACCAAAAGGAGGUAACUUUAAUUCCCGCAAUUACAAUACUAACAAUUAUAUGCAGGGAAACCAAGGGUGGAGAAACAAUGCUAAUAGCAACCAAGGUUAUGGGUGGAGGAAUGAAGCUGGACCAUCCAAUAGGCCACCACAGCAACCACAACAACAACAACAUGUGUAUCCCUCUAUGCAUGAAAGAAUCAAUAAAUUGGAGGAGACUCUAAACCAAUUCAUGCAGGUUUCUAUGAACAACCAAAAAAAUACUGAAGCUUCCAUCAAGAAUUUAGAAGUACAGGUGGGUCAGCUAGCUAAGCAAUUAGCUGACAUGUCUGGAGGCCCAUUUUCAGCCAACACCGAGACCAACCCCAAGGAGUAUUGCCAAGCCAUAACAACAAGAAGUGGGAAGGUGGUAGGUAGUGAUGUUGGGGUGAGUGAAAAAAAUGAGAGAGUGGAAGGAGAAGGAAAUGAUCAGUUGAGGGAGGUUGAGAAGAAGAUUGAGAAGGAAGAUGAAGAAAGCAAUAAAGAUGAGAAUAAAGAGAAAGAAAGACAAUUUGCAAGGUUCCUGGACAUCAUUAAGAAGCUCCAAAUAAAUAUUCCCUUCACUGAAGCCAUGGAGCAAAUGCCCACUUAUGCUAGGUUCAUGAAGGAAAUGUUGACUAAGAAGAGAAAAAUUCUUGAAGAAGAGACUAUAGAGCUUGAGGCAGGAUGCAGUGCUAUUAUACAGAAGUCUCUACCUCAGAAGUCUAGAGAUCCAGGCAGUUUCACUCUCCCUGUAUCAAUUGGUAAUUUAUCAGUGAGUAAGGCACUCUUAGACCUUGGAGCUAGUAUUAACUUGAUGCCUUUAUUUAUGCUGAAGAAGAUAGGAGAAGUGGAAGUAAGACCUACCAGAAUGACCUUGCAGUUGGCAAAUAGAUCCAUCAAGCUUCCACAUGGUAUAGUGGAAGAUAUGAUUGUGAAGGUUGAUAAGUUUAUGUUCCCGGUUGAUUUUGUAGUAAUGGAUAUGGAAGAAGAUACAGAGGUUCCUUUGAUCUUGGGCAGACCAUUUAUGAAGACAGCUCGAGUUAUCAUUGACAUGAAUGAUGGAAAUUUGAAAGUGAGAGUCCAAGAUAAGGAAGUGAGUUUCAACGUAUUUGAAGAAAUGAAGUUUCCAAAAGUCAACAAAGAUUGCUUUAGAAUUGAUGUAUUAGAUGAUUUGUACUUGGAAACUCAAAAUGAUUUCAAGAGUUCAUCGCCACUAGAGAAGGCUUUGCUUAUCUCUAAUGAAGAAUUGGAUAAGUUCAUUGGUAAAGCUUGUCACUUGCCUGUGAAUUUGGAGCAUAAAGCAUUUUGGGACUUGAAGGCCUUGAAUUUUGAUAUGAAAGCAGCUGGUAAAAAGAGAAAAAUUCAAUUGCAUGAACUAGAAGAAAUGAGGUUGCAAGCUUAUGAGUCUUCUAGAUCUUACAAGCACAAAGCUAAGCUAUACCAUGACAAGAAAAUUCUGAACAGGAACUUCCAACCUGGAAGUACAUUUGAAUCCAAUCUUUUUCUCAUAUAA